UCCCUCGCGGCUCCCCGCCCGCUAUAAGAGCGGCGGCCGUGCUCGGCAGCGCAUGGCAGCGGGACCCUCCCCCGGGACCCUCCUCCGGGCCGGUCGCCCUCCCUGCCGCCAACCUUGACCUUGCCGUGCCGUCCCGCGGCUCGGCAGCGAGGGCAGCCGCGGGGCUGGGUCGGAGCCGGCUCGGGAUGCGCUAGCCGGGAUCGCGUAGAAAUCCCUCUGCUAGCACGGAGAGGCGACCUCCUCCCGCUGCCGGGAGAUAACGCGGAUUUAGAGAGCAUCCUCGCCCCCUGUGUUGGAUGAGAAGGACGGAGGAGCACCGGCAAGAUGAGCACGAGCAGGGCUGUGGCUUCCCUCCUCUGCCUUGGCACCGUCUGAAUCAGCUCCGGGUCCUCAGAGGAUGAAGAAGGUGGAACAAGUUCCGUAUCAGCAAAACCCCUACACUCCCGCGAGCAGCUCCACUGUGAUCCGGUGCUACCGCUGUGGGGACACCUGCAAGGGUGAGGUGGUGCGCGUCCAGAGCAAUCACUUCCACAUCCGCUGCUUCACCUGCCAAGUGUGCGGCUGUGACCUGGCCCAGUCAGGCUUCUUCUUUAAGAACCAGGAGUACAUCUGCACCCACGACUACCAGCAGCUCUACGGGACCCGCUGCGACAGCUGUGGGGACUUCAUCACUGGAGAGGUCAUCUCUGCGCUGGGAAGAACCUACCACCCCAAGUGCUUCGUCUGCAGCACCUGCAGGAAGCCGUUCCCCAUCGGAGACAAGGUCACAUUCAGCGGGAAGGACUGCGUCUGUCAAAACUGCUCCCACUCUCUCAUCAGCACCAAACCCAUCAAGAUCCACGGACCCAGCCACUGCGCAGGCUGCAAGGAGGAGAUCAAGCAAGGCCAGUCCCUCCUGGCCCUGGAGAAGCAGUGGCACGUCAGCUGCUUCAAGUGCCAAACAUGCGGAAUCAUCCUCACCGGCGAGUACAUCAGCAAGGAUGGCAUCCCGUACUGCGAGUCCGACUACCAUGCCCAGUUCGGCAUCAAGUGUGAGACCUGUGACCGGUACAUCAGUGGCAGGGUCCUGGAGGCAGGAGGGAAGCAUUACCACCCGACUUGUGCCAGAUGUGUCCGCUGCCACCAGAUGUUCACAGAAGGAGAGGAGAUGUACCUCACAGGCUCCGAAGUGUGGCACCCCAUCUGCAAGCAGGCAGCCAGAGCAGAGAAGAAGCUAAAGCACAGAAGGACUUCAGAAACCUCUAUCUCACCCCCUGGUUCCAGCAUCGGCUCCCCAAACCGUGUCAUCUGCGCUAAAGUGGAUAAUGAGAUCCUUAAUUACAAAGACCUGGCAGCUCUUCCCAAGAUUAAAGCCAUCUAUGAAGUGCAGCGUCCUGACCUCAUUUCCUAUGAGCCCUAUCACAGAUAUACAUCGGAUGAGACGUUGGAGAGAUAUAGCUAUGGGGAGUCCUUGGGGACCUUGUCCCCAUACUCACAGGACAUCUACGAGAGCUUUGACACACGGCAGAGGCGAGCCUCCAGCCCUGGCUACAUCGACUCCCCCACCUACAGCCGCCAGGGCAUGUCCCCCACCAUCCCGAGGUCCCCCCACCAUUUCUACCGCUCAGGCACUGAGAGCGGGCGCAGCUCCCCGUACUAUAGCCAGUUAGAUGUGAGGUCCUCCACUCCAACCUCAUACCAAGCACCCAAGCAUUUCCACAUCCCAGCUGCCGGCGAGAGUAACAUCUACCGGAAGCCUCCCAUCUAUAAGCGACACGCCACAAAAAGCAAAACUAGUGAAGACAUUGCACAGUCAUCCAAGUAUAGCCCUGCCUACUCCCCGGACCCGUACUACCACUCCGAGUCAGAGUACUGGUCCUUCCAAGGCUCCCCUAAAGCCUCCCGUGCCCGGAGGUUCUCGUCAGGAGGCGAGGAGGAUGGGUACGACCGGGGCAUGCACAAGAUCCAGAGUGGCAUCGGCAGGCUGAUCCUGAGGGAGGAGAUGAAGGCUCGGUCCAACUCCUACGCAGACCCCUGGACACCCCCUCGCAGCUCGGCCAGCAGCAGAGAGGCCCUGCACACAGUUGGCUAUGAAGGCUCCCUCAACGGCUCUCCCCGGACACACUACCUGGCUGAUAGCGAUCCUCUCAUUUCUAAGUCGGCCUCCCUUCCUGCCUACAGGAGGAACGGGCUGCAUAGGCCUCCCAGUGCCGAGCUUUUCCACUAUGACAGCACGCACGCCGUCAAUUGGGGGAUGCGAGAGUACAAGAUAUAUCCCUAUGAGCUGCUCCUGGUGAAGACGAGAGGGAGAAACCAGCUGCCCAAAGAUGUGGACAGGACUCGGUUAGAGCGCCACCUCUCCCAGGAGGAAUUCUACCAGAUCUUCGGCAUGACCAUCGCCGAGUUUGACCGCCUGGCCCUCUGGAAGAGGAAUGAGCUGAAGAAGCAGGCCCGUCUGUUUUAAAUGCAGUGCACUAUAAAUAUAUACAUACCUAUAAAUAUAUACAUAGAAAGAUCUCUAUACUGCAGCUCUGUAUGAUUCUCGGUGCUGUAUGCGGCAGAGGUGCCUUCUGCACCCCUGAGAGUGAAUUGGAGUCCCGCAGAUCAUUUUAUGUUGUUUCCUUUUUUUUUUCUUUUCCAACCCUGUUUCUGUACCGAUCCGAUCCUCAGGUUCUCCCAGGGGCUAGAGCCACAUGGGCCACAAAGCGCUUGGUAUCUGUCACUGCUGCCCUAUGGGGGUGAGGGGAAUGGAUUUUCCAGCUGUGGCCACAGUUCCCAGGGCUGUGUUCCAGGGCCAGGAAAGAGCAGGGCUGUGGAAUGGGGGGUACCUUGUCACCCUCUGCUCAGCUGGUCUCUGUAUUUACUUACGGGUUGGAAAAUGUCCUGGGUACAUUUUCAGGGGAAGGGGAAUCCCACCAUGGGCUCCUUAAUGUCCUCCCUGCCUUUAACAUGGCUGAGCACUAGGGGCACCUUCAGCCUCACCCCGAGGGUCAGAAACACAGAGCCUGGGGCAGGGGAUAAGGAGGAUUGGUGGUGGGGAUCCCAAGGGGAGCAGGGUGCAUCCCCAUGGGUCAAGGUGCAAGCCUGAGCUCUGAUGCUUCCCAAGCUGUUGGCAAACCCCCAUAUUUCUGCAGAGCCAGUUUCUCCUCACAAAGUGCCGGAAUGACGGAUUUCCAUACUAUCUCAAAACCAAGCCCUUCUUAAAUGAGAACCAAAGCUGCCUCUUCCCUUGUGCAGUUUCUGGCUGCUUUUCAGGUUUUUCCAGGGCCAGCAAGCCCUGAGAGCAGAUAAGCUGCAAUGGUGCCUGGUCCCAGGGCUUGGGGCCACCACACUUUGGGCCCUACCAGAAGUGAUGUGACCACCCAGUCCUGUUGCUCCAGGAUCUCGGCACCUACGUGAGCAGUGGUGGGAGCACUGGGUCAGGGCUGGGGAUGCUGGUCCUGCUAACUGCUGGGCCUGUUCAUGGAGGUUUUCCUGAAUUACCCUAUCACUGAUGCCUGUGUCCAAGAUUAAUCCCUCUGCAAUUCCAGGAAUGAAGGCUGUUAGCAGAGCCAUUCCGUGUUCACUGCAAACUAUUGGGAUUUUUAUUUUGCUUUUGUAUGUCUUCUUUUUAAACUAAUAGGGUUGUUUCCAUACAAACGUCUUUCCUGGUGUCAUCUGUGGUGGUUUGGUUUCCUGUUUGCUUCUCUGGGACAAUUUUCAGGCAUACUGCAAGACUGAGCAGUUCCCAAACAGGCCAGCAAGCCACGGGUCACCUCUGCAAGAGCUGGAUCAGCAGAGUUCCUCCAAGGAUACAGCGAGGGUCUCACCUUCACUGUGCUGUGGGUCAGCUCUGCUUCUGCCUAUUCUGAUCCUCUUGGAAAAAUUCCUGCCCGUGUGUCUCCUCACAGGUGGA